GGGCAUCAACCGGCAACCUCGGGCCAUGACACAAACGAGUUUUGAAAAAUAAAAAACAAAAAAACUGGCACUGUUCGACUCUCUCUAAAAGACCUAUGCGGAAAGUGCCACUUGGUUGCCAAAGUAUAAUUUAAAAGUGUAUUGAAAUUGAGUUUAUGGCUUUGGCGAAUGCGGGUAACGACAAUGAUGAAAAAAUUGUUUGUGAAAAAUUAACCUACUUUGAGAAAUGUGAAUUCAUGAUCAUUUUGCCUACUUAAAAUAAAUGAAUAAUUAUUUUUAAAAUGUCGAAUAAGCGUGAACUGCAACCAACCAUAUCCGGGUUUUUUCGGAAAGAUAGUACUAAAAAUCAACAAGAUAUGAAACUGGCCAGUACAGAAACUUCCAAUUUUAUUAGUGAUAGUGAAAAUGAGAGGGACCAUGACACUGAAAAUGGAAACUCAAUCAAAUUACCUUCAACUAAUGUUUCCAAUAGUAUUGAUUUGACAAAUGUUCAUGAUGUGCAUACGCCUGUAUUUAAAAUGGAUUCUAUUAUAUCGAUUAAUAGUUCAAUUGAUGAUGAUGAUGAGGAAAAUUUGAAGACUAGAACAAACAAUGCAAAUCAAACUGCUGACACAAAUGAAAAGAUAAAUCUUGAUGAAAUCAAUAACCGAAAUAAAAGUUUGUUUAAAAAAAGUUUUCAAUUUAAACAAAAAAUUAAAACAGAAAUUCAAAAUGUUUCACCAAACAGAAAUAAUUUUGUUGAUAUACUUGAUGAUUCAUCAAGUUGUGAGGAAGAAGAAUUUGUUCAUUCUAACAAAGAAGUUAAAGAAGAAAAAAAAAGUGAUAUUACUGAAAAGUUAGUCAAACCAGAAAGUACAGUUGAUGAUUGUUCUUUUGUGUCUCCAAUUAAGAAAUCAACAUCUUUACCUGAUGAGCCUAAUUGUGUAAAUAAUGUUCUCAAUACAAGUAUAGAAUCUAUGAGCCCUCUCAAUAUAUCUCAGAAAGGUAUACUGAGCUCUAGUCAAAGUUCAGAUUUAAAACCAUUAGGUUUCAAUAAAGAAUUGGAGAAAUGGAUAGAAAGUAAAAAAAGUACUCCUGUCAUCUGUUCUAGUACGCUGGCGGUAUCACGAGAUGAAUUGGAAUCUGGAAAAAAUGAUCUCAAAGAUAUUCAAAUUGAAAUUUUAGAAAAAUUCUUCACAGCAUUUGACAGAAUACCUAAGGAUUUUUUGUCAUCACUCCCUGACUUUAAUCCUGUAACAUCUCAAAAAUUAAGGAGUUUGUAUCAAAGAGUAAAGGCUAAAAUUUUGCAAACAGAUAAAAAACUUAAGACUUUGAAUGAUCAAAAAGAAGAAUUUUCUUAUUCUAAUACUAAUAAAGAUAUUUCGUACACAUUUCAUAAUGAUUCUCUGACAUAUAAUGAAACAAACAAUCAUGUUUCUUCUUAUAAGAACAAUGUGAAACCUGGUAAAAAUUUAUCUCAAGAUGAUACAGAAAAUAAUAUUUUUAAUACAAGUAAUAAUGCUAAAGGUGAUAUGACGCCUAGCAGUAAUCAAGACUCUGGGGUGUCUAACAGCUAUUCUCAGCCUCAUGAGUUUUCAUUAGAACGCAAAAUCAGUCAAUGUGAACAAUCUCCUAUGUCUUCUACAAGCCAAAAAAAGGGGAAAUUCCAAUUGAAAAUGCCUGUUAAAGCAUCUAUUGAUGCCUCAGCCUCUAGACAAAUAGAAGAAAUUUACGAGAAAUUUCAACUUCAUAAAACUAUAGAUUCUUCAAAUAAUGCAAACAAACCAAUCUCAAUUUCUUCAAAAACCAUAUCAUCAUCAAAUUCCACUGUUGUUGAUUGUGAUACCUUAAAUGAGGUACCUCAAUUAAAUAAUAUUAAAACUAAUCAAAACAAAUUUAAUCACAAUAGUAGACAGACAAAUAUUAUAGUAGGUAAAAAAAUGGAUGAAAAUGAGGUAAUACCUCAAAUAUCUACAUGGAGUGAAUUCGAUGAAGAAUUCACUUAUGAUUCUCAACAAGUAGAAAAGACUUUCACGCAGCAAUUGAAUGAGCUUCCAGAACUUGAUAAGGCUGAAAUUAAUAUGACGUUUGCAUCACCUAAAAUAUAUUCUUAUACACCUGAAGUGCAAAGAAUUUUAAGAGCUAAUAGCGAAUCAAGUGUUACUAGCUGCAACUCUGACAAAAGUGAUGGAAUAGGUCAAUUUAUUGGUGAUUUUCAAAAUGAUGGAGCAACAGGUAAUUUUGAUGGUCUUGAAUACGAUUUUUCACGAGAAAUGAUGAAUGUAUUUAGACAGAAGUUUGGUUUACACAGCUUCAGACCUAACCAGCUCCAAGCUAUUAAUGCUGCAAUUUUGGGAUUUGAUUGUUUCAUACUCAUGCCUACUGGUGGAGGAAAAUCAUUAUGUUAUCAACUGCCAAGUUUAGUAUCAAAUGGAAUAACUAUUGUUGUUUCGCCUCUCAAAAGUCUUAUUAUAGAUCAAGUGCAAAAAUUGGAUUCUUUAGAUAUUUUAGCUUAUCAUAUGUGUGGUAAUAUAACAGAAGAACAAUCUCAAACAAUUUAUAGAGAGCUUGCUAAAGUUAAGCCUGCCCUAAAACUUCUCUACUUGACUCCUGAAAAACUCUCUGCCUCGCAAAAACUGAACACUGCUCUUACAGCUUUAUAUGAAAGAGAUUUGAUAGCUAGAUUUGUCAUCGAUGAAGCACAUUGUGUAAGUCAAUGGGGACAUGACUUUAGACCAGAUUAUAAAAGACUUAAAGUUUUAAGAGAAAGGUACCCAAGAGUUCCAACUAUGGCUCUCACAGCUACUGCUACACCUAGAGUUAGAACUGAUAUUCUUCAUCAAUUAGGAAUGACAUCACCAAAGUGGUUCAUGUCAAGUUUUAAUCGACCAAACUUACAUUACGUCGUAGAAAGUAAAAAAGGUAAAAAUUCAACUGAAGAAAUUAUUGAUAGAAUAAGAAAUUGUUACAGAAAUGAUUGCGGGAUUGUAUAUUGUCUUUCCCGUAAAGAUUGUGAUACAUUUGCUGCUACAAUGCAAUCAAAUGGUAUAAAAGCUCUAAGUUAUCAUGCUGGUCUUACCGAUCAACAAAGAAUAGAAAUACAAUCCAGGUGGAUUACAGAAGAAAUAAAAGUUGUUUGUGCUACCAUAGCUUUUGGUAUGGGAAUAGACAAACCAAACGUUAGAUUUGUAUUCCAUGCAACUUUACCAAAGUCUAUUGAGGGCUACUAUCAAGAAAGUGGUCGCGCUGGCCGUGACGGUGAAAAUGCAGACUGUAUAAUGUUUUAUCAUUAUGGUGAUGUUAUGAGACACAGAAAAAUGAUAGAAAUGGAUGCAUCUCAAAAUUUAGAAGCUCAGAAAACACAUAUGGAUAAUUUAUACAAAAUGGUAGCUUUUUGUGAAAAUAGAACUGAUUGUCGUCGUACUCUUCAGUUGAAUUAUUUUGGAGAAAUAUUUGACCGAAAAAAAUGCAUGAGUAAAAGACAAACAACUUGUGACAACUGUAAAAAUCAGGAUCAAUUCAAUCUUGUUGAUGUAACGAAACAUGCCAAGGAAAUAAUGACCCUUGUUAGAGAUUUCAAUAAAAGAAGGGCCAACUGUGUCACUUUAUUGUAUGUUACCGAUGUUUAUAAAGGAAGUAAUCUGAAAAAAAUUAGAGAUGCCGGUCACGAUCAACACGAUUUUUACGGCAAAGGUAAAGCAUGGGCGAAAAACGAUAUAGAAAGAAUUUUGCGUAAAUUAAUUAUUGAUGGUUAUUUAAAAGAAACUCUGUACAUUAACAAUGAAAUAGCAUGUUCUUAUGUUGUUUUGGGACCUAAUGCUCCAAAAUUAAUGACGUCCGAUGAAAUAAAAAUACAUUUGGAGAUAAGAAAAGAAGGCCAAAUGCGGCCCGGUAUAGCUUCAUCGUCAAAAACUACCAUUGACAACAAACAAGACUUGAACAAAGAAAUAAAUGAUCUGAAACAAAGAUGUUAUAUGGAAUUGGCAGAAAUUAUCAAUGGAAUUGCCGGAGCAUUGGAUGUAUCUGCUAACUCUAUUAUGAAUAUGGUUGCUAUUCGUGCAAUGAGUCAACAACUACCAACUGAUGAAGAGGAAAUGUUGAAAAUUCCUCAUGUAACAAAAGCCAAUUUUGAUAAAUAUGGAAAAGCUUUACUUGAUGUGACACAGAAGUAUGCAGCUGAAAAAACUGUUCUUUUACUUGAUGAUCAAGAAGCUGAUGAAAGUUCACCUGGUACAUCAGGUGGUUAUCAGGAUAAUGAUUGGAUCGAAUCUGAUUCAAAUACAAACAAUGGCCGAAAAAGAAAAGCCAACUUUUCAAAAGGAAGUAUUCAUAAAAAAUACAAACGAGGUGGAAGCACAAAAUCCAAUGCAUCCAGUAGCACUUCUAAAAAUACUGGAAAUACAUUCAAGGGUAAAGGUAAACCCUCAGCAGCAAAAAAUGGACCUGGUUUAAUGGACUUUCCAACAAAAAAAGCGCCAAGUAAUCCCGGUCGUUUUGUGGGUUUAUUAUAACGAACUAAAUUCUAAAAAAAUGUUUAUUUUGAGUAAUUGAAAACAUCACUACUGUUAUGAAACAUUUACAUUAUACGUUACAUUUAUUAUUAUUAACUAAUGCAUAAGGGUUCGAUUCUACAAUUAUCUAUUUAAUAAGAAAAAAAUAACUAUUUUUCCACAAUGUAAAUAUUUAAAAAAUGUUUUUACUAAAUAGUUGAACUUUUUAUACAAAACAUGACCACAAUUAAUAUGUUUAUUAGAGGUAUUUUUAUGUACUUAGGUACAUUUAUUAAAUAUGUUUAAUACAAGUCUGGUUGCCUAAUUCGA